GAAGCGGCGCUGCUCGCUCAGACCUGCGCCUAUUCAGAAGACCACAAAGCGGAAAAAGACCCUUUCCUUCGCGAUUUUCAGAAUCAUCAACGUUUAUUUCCUUUUAUUUUUGAAAAUUAAACCCCUCGACGAGUAGGUUCUGCAACACGGGCCUCGUUGUGAGUUGUUGGAGAGAAUCUGCAGAGGCGAUCAGCAUGACAGCGUGACAAUGGUGCAAGGCUGUUGAGGCUGCAGGAUGAGGCGUUGUGGGAGGUUUUCCUGACUUUUGGGGGGAAUGAGUUCUUUGGGAGAGCAGUCACCGAGAACUCUAGUGGCUCAUAUAAAAUAUUUUCGACUUGAAAAUAUUUGCACUCUGCGUCUGGGCCAUGAUAACCUCUGGUACCUCGUCCGGUCCGCACUGAGCGCACCUCUCUCCUCCCGCAUCAGCCGCAGCGCGUCUCUAAUUGGAGCCGCUCUGAGCGUCUUUAAUUGAUGGAGCUCGUCCAGCACGGACACUGACCGCGCCGCAGUCCUGCUCUGGUUGGAUGUUUAUUGUCUUUCUCUGGUGUUCGUCUGCGUUUGUGUGAUCCCUCGGACCCUUUCACCAUCAUGCCGGUGAGCGCGCUGCCCCGCGGCGGCAUCGGCGGCAUCGGCGGCCCGGGAUCCCUGAGCCCGGCGUCGCUGUCCCGCAGCCUGUCCCGGCUCCGGGAGUUCCGCACCCGCACCAGGAUCAUGCUGGCCCUGGGGGUCUCUCAGAUGGUGCUGGGGAGCCUCAUCCUGGCCGUCAGCUUCGCUGCUCUGGCUCUCACCACCUCACCCAGAGUCCGGCACUCAUGCCCCUUCUGGGCAGGUUUCUCUGUUCUGCUCUCUGGUCUCAUCGGAGUGGUGUCAUGGAAGAGGCCCCUCUCUCUUGUGAUCACAUUCUUCAUGCUGCUGUCUGCAGUGUGUGUGAUGCUGAACCUGGCGGGCUCCAUCCUCUCCUGCCAGAACGCUCAGCUUGUCAACUCUCUGGAAGACUGUCAAUUGUGUGGAUGUGUGUUCUCCCCUCCUCCCCCCCAGCUCAAGUUUGACAGUGAUGGAGUGUGUGUAUGCUGCGAGCUACAGAAGCAGAGUUCAAGCUGCAACAACCUGGGAGAGACGCUGAAACUGAAUCCUCUGCAGGACUGCAAUACCAUACGCCUACGUCUCAAGGAGCUGCUGUUCAGCGUGUGUGCCCUUAACGUCAUCUCCACCAUUGUGUGCGCUCUUGCAACUGCAAUGUGUUGUAUGCAGAUGGUUUCAACUGAUGUCCUGCAGAUGUUUAUGCCGCACAGAGCUCGAGCCUUAAAUGCUGACUGCAUGACCCCCCACGGAACCAUCCUGCACCAAACGCUGGACUUUGAUGAGUUUAUUCCUCCCAUUCCUCCACCACCGUACUACCCGCCAGAGUACACCUGCACCCCGUCAAUGGAUGGACAGAGAGGCCUGCAUCUGGACUUCCCCCACUCUCCGUUCAGUGCCGUCUACGGGGUCCCAAUAAACAGUCCAGGGGCCCUUUACCCAACUGACCUGCCGCCUCCGUACGAGUCUGUGGUGGGUCAAACCCCUGCCAGCCAGGUCACCACCAGCAUAGAGCAGCAGGCCACUGAGUCCAGUCUUUUGGAGAGAAACACCACUGCAGGAUUCAGCACACAGGCCUCGGUGGACAGUGCAUCAUUGAUGGUGUCAGAGGUGGCUGAUCCAGACCAGACCUGCUCCUCGGAGGACUUGUGCUCCCUUGAGGUCCAGGGCUCUGACUCUUCUCCCUAUGGGACGCUGCACACUGCCCCCACUGACGGAAGCUGUCCCAGCCUGGAACUCUGCAUGCGUGCCCCCUCGCGUUGCCAUCGGGGAUUAGCCAACACUGAUGCUCGCCCUACGGAUACUGGAUACAGCGAGUCCUCACACACGCAGGACUCGAUGGAACGCUCGCCAGACUGGUCCUCAGAAAACUUUAGCAACCUGGACCAGGAGGAUUCAGCAGAGAACACACAGCCAUGUGAGGACCUCAGGGCCACAAUGCAUAUUAGUGAUGAACUGGCCUCAGCCAAACAUUUACCAGAGGAGCCACCUAAGGCAUCAACACACUCCCUGAUCAAAGCACGCAUGAUGAGCCGGAAGCUCACUCUCCCCGUCAGCAUCCCCCCACCACCUCAGCCUUGCUCCCCCACCUCUGUGGCUUCCUCUGGGGGAACUUCAGCCAUCAGCCCUUUGGCUCCUUCGCCUUCUCCUUCCCCUCCUAUCAGGCCACGAGGCCCCAGGCUGUGUUUUAGUGUUUGGUCGCCCUCCGCCACGUCACAGCCCCCGUCUACCUCAGCCCAAAGUGGCCCGUCUCCUUCAGAGAGGCCUCGGGUUCUCAAAGCAGCCAAGAGGUAUCGAAAACUGGCACGCAUUGUCCGUUCCACCAGUGACCCUAUCUCUUGCUCCACUACAACAAGAAGAGAGAAUUGUGGCUGCCCCUCUGGAAAUAACCCUGCUGCUGAACAUCCAGGUCAUGCUUGCGCAUCACCUGAAAACGAGUCCAGAGAUAUUUCCGGAGAGGGAGUCGGAGCAAAGCCCAGUCAGAUACGUGUCACGAAGCAACAGAAGGAAGGCAGGAAAGUCGACAUUCACGUUAAACCCCGAUCUCUGAACACCAACUCCCACCGUGAGCGCCCGCACUCCCUGGCCGACCUUAAGAUGUACAAAGACACCAAAAUAUUAGUGGCCAAGUUCCUGGAGCACUCGAGCUGCAGUCUUCCUCCUGAAGUCCAGCAGGUUGUCAACAACAUCAAGUGCGUCAUUAAGUCGGAUGAGAAACACAUGGAAGAGGCCAUCUUUAGUGCCAAUGUCAUAGAUCAGGUAAUGACUCAGCACAUCAUAGGCAGCCCCAGAAAGCGUGAACAUGAGGAUCUUCACCUGCAGAGCUGCGGUGCUUUGAGUUCAUCCCCGUCUCCUUCCAUGCGCCGUCUAAAACACCUCCCUCAGACAACCAGCUCCUCUACCGACCCACAGGGCUCCCCCUCCACUGAACAAAGCCUUGGGUGCAGAGAAACUGUUCUCUGACCACUCUCCCAACGAGGACUGGGCUCAAAAACUCUGACGGCAUUCAAGGGUGCUGGUGUUGCUCUCCUGUGCAGCAGUUGUCUGUAGAGAAUUGAAUGACUCUCCAGGUGUGAUGGAAUCACUUUUGCACAGAGCAAUUGCAGAUCAAAGCAACUGAAAUGCUGUCAUUCUGUUCCUAGUGCCCUGUGAGACUGUGCCAAGUCAUCACCAGAAAUGGUAGCAAACUCACUCAGAGCCUGCCAGUGUCUGUAGUGGCUUCUUUCUCAUCAGAAAUAUACAACAACAACGACAAAAGAAGAAAAACAAAAAAAAAAACAAUUACAAGAAUGUUUCUCCCUCAGGAGAUAUUUUGUACUGAGUUUCAUCUCUUAAAAAGGAAACAAAUACACAUCUGGUAAGUAUGGGUCUGAGUGAAACACAAAGGUGAUAGUGUUGUCAGUAUUUCUUCUGUCCUCAUAAGAAACAGAGAAAAAUAUGUUUGUAGAAAACUGUGAGGUGAUUUGACCGGGCAUUGUUUGCAGAUUUUGUGGAAUUGUUACUGAUAGGGUGGUGAAUAUUUUGUGGUUCAAGAAACAUCACAGAUGUGGAUUAUUUAACUU